AUGGCAGGCCAGGAGAGCCUGCGGGCGGACAGACAGACAUGCGCACGUGCGGUACGGAAAUGUGGAGAUGUGGAGGGAGGAGCUCUAUGUGGAGUCCCGGUGCACCACCGGGGUGGUGUGGCAGCCCAGCCCAGCCCAGCCCAGCCCAGCCCAGCCCUCACCGGCAUGGCAGUAAUCGCUGGUGCUGAUCCAAGCCUCGAACGUCAAGGCGGUCGUGGGGAAAUCCUGCACCAUGCGCAUGCACGCGACAGACAAACAUACAGACGCCCCUGGGUGAACGAUUUCCAGAGCCACCACCACCACCACCACCACCACAAUCCCCCGGGUACGGCUUUCCACGUUACUGAGCCCAAAGCUGCUGACAAGACCCCCUCCGACUCGCCCCACACGGUAGCGAUCCCUCGCUCGGCGGCUGCAGCUGCAGCUGCACCCCGGCGGGGACCCCCACGGCGACAACAAAUAGCAAUAGACACAGCCACAAGAAGUAAGGAGGCAAAUGCGCCAGAGCACAGCGUCCGGCAAUUGUCGCUGCCGACCGCGCUGCUGGGCGCGGAGCGCUGGCUCGGCUUCGAUGAGAUCAACCUUAUGCAGUUCACGUCGCUGCUGCGCGGGCUCUAUCGAUGUGCCUCUGUCUCUGGAAAUCAACCUAGGCAGCUAUCAGAACACACAGGACACAACCUGCCGCUGUAUCAAUGUAUUAAGGAAGGAACGCAACGUGCUGGCAGAGCUGCUGCUUUCAACAGUGUGCACGUCGGUCCCUCCAAGAAAGGCACCCAUGUACCAAAUAAAAUAGCGGUGGUUGAGAAUUCCUCUCGAGAUGCUGUGCAUCAAGAUUUCCUCCUAAAUGGCCUCAUACUGGCAGUUUCUUCCCCUGGCUGCCACUACCACUAUACCAAGGUGCUAGAUCAGCGGAUUUGCCGCACAGACCCGGGCGCCUACACGCACGCAUGUCCCUACCACUACCACUACCACUACCACUACCACUACCACUACCACUACCACUACCACUACCACUACCACUACCACUACCACUACCACUACCACUACCACUACCACUACCACUACCACUACCACUACCACUACCACUACCACUACCACUACCACUACCACUACCACUACCACUACCACUACCACUACCACUACCACUACCACUACCACUACCACUACCACUACCACUACCACUACCACUACCACUACCACUACCACUACCACCUACGUACCACACCAAUCUAA